ACGGCGUGCCUCCGUCGGCGUCUUCCUCCGCGGUUCCCUUCUCGCCCAGCCGUGCGGGGCAGGAACAUGGCUCCGUGAGGGAGCGAGCUGUCGGUCUCGGGCGGUUGAGGAGGCCGGUGAGGCGUCGGCGACCGUUCCUUCCCCCCCGCCGUCAUCGUUAACCCUUCCGUGCCCGACGGUGGCGGCGAGGACCCUGAGGGAGGGGGCUCAAUGCGCAGGCGCGAAGGCCGCUCCCGCCGGGACGCCCCCCGCGCCCCGCCAGCAUGAGCCAGACCGCCGCCGUCCUCCCGCCGCCGGGCCCGGCCUCCCGCGCCCUGCAUGCGGAGCUGCCCUCUCAGCAGCGGCGUCUUCGUCACCUGCGGAACAUAGCAGCACGGAACAUUGUUAAUAGGAAUGGCUAUCGUCUCCUGGACACCUACUUCACUCUUCACUUGUGUAAUAAUGCAAAGAUAUGUAAAGAAUUUUAUAAGAGUGAAGUGAUAAAGAAUUCUCUGAACCCAACAUGGCGAAGUCUUGACUUUGGUCUUAUGCCCGAUCGCCUCGAUACAUCCGUUUCCUGCUUUGUGGUGAGGAUAUGGGGUGGCAAGAAUGACACCCAUCAGCUGCUGAUAGAGUGGAAGGUCAAUCUCGAUGGACUCAGAUAUGUGGGCCAGCAGAUACAUGCUCGUAGCCCAAAUGAAAUUAUUUUUGGGCUGAACGAUGGCUAUUACGGAGCCUCAUACGAACAAAAGGGCCUCUCAGGAACCCAGAAGAAUAACCUCCUCCAGGUGGAUCAGAACUGUGUCCGCAACUCAUACGACGUCUUCUCUUUGCUGAGGCUCCACCGGGCCCAGUGUGCAAUUAAACAGACUCAGGUAACUGUUCAGAAAAUAGGAAGGGAGAUUGAAGAGAAACUGAGGCUUACGUCGACGAGCAAGGAGCUGAAAAAAGAGAGUGAGUGUUUACAGUUGAAGAUUUUGGUGCUUCGGAAUGAGCUAGAAAGGCAGAAGAAAGCCCUGGGCCGAGAGGUUGCCUUGCUACAUAAGGAACAAAGUGCGCUAUUUGACAGAGGAAAUGCGUUUGAGGAAGAAUAUCAGAAGCUCCGACUGGACAAAGAACCCUUGCAAGAGUUGAGAAAAGAAUGCACUGCUAAGAGAGAGCAAUUCUUGAAGACCAAUGCACAGCUGACCAUCAGAUGCAGGCAAUUACUUUCAGAGCUUUCCUAUAUUUACCCUAUUGAUCUGAAUGAUCAAAAGGAUUAUUUUAUUUGUGGAGUCAAGUUGCCCAAUUCUGAAGACUUUCAAGCAAAGGAUGAUGGCAGCAAUGCUGUCGCUUUGGGCUACACUGCUCAUCUGGUCUCCAUGAUUUCCUUCUUCCUGCAAGUGCCACUCAGGUAUCCAAUAAUUCACAAGGGCUCCAGGUCUGCAAUCAAAGAUAAUAUUAACGAUAAACUGACCGAGAAAGAAAGAGAAUUUCCGUUGUAUCCAAAGGGAGGAGAGAAACUGCAGUUUGACUAUGGCGUCUACCUUCUCAACAAAAAUAUUGCACAGCUUAGAUACCAACAUGGGCUGGGAACUACAGAUCUAAGGCAGACACUUCCUAACCUGAAGAACUUCCUGGAGCACGGCCUCAUGGUCAGAUGUGAUCGGCACCACAUUUCCAGCGCCAUUCCAGUUCCAAAGAGGCAGAGUUCUGCGUUUGGGGGUUUGGAUAUUGGGCUCACCAGCAGCCAUCCUUCUCCAGACAAGGGACUCCGAAAACGGGCCAACUCGGAGAGUGAGAGACUUCAGUACAAGACUCCUCCUCCGAGUUACAACUCUGCUUUAACACAGCCCAUUGCCAUUGCGGGAGAGCCGAAUAAGAAGGCCGGGUCUUUAUCCUCCUCUUUAGAUACCUCCAUUGACUUCUCAAAAGAAAACAAAAAGGGAGGGGAUCUGUGCCACAGCUUGAACGGCGAAAACAGGGGCCCAAACACCUCCCGAGACCGACAGGAGUCUUUCCUGGGACCCUCUCGUGCAAUAAACGGCGCGGCGUUGCCCAGCGCGGCCAGCAGUGACCAGCUGUGUGCCUUCCGCGGCACCCUUGGUGCCGACCUCCUCUGCACGGUUGAGCAGGCGGAAGAGAUCAUGGGCAUGGAAGCGACGGGCUUUGGCACCGGAGACCAGCUCGAAGCCUUUAACUACAUCCCGGUGGACCACGCCGUGGCGGUGGAGUGCGACGACCAAGUCCUGGGGGAAUUCGAAGAGUUUUCCCGGAGGAUUUGCGCGCUGAACAAGGACGCCCCCACCUUCCGCAGGCCGCGGAAGGGUUCCGACAAGUGAGCGGGGACACAGCGGAGGUGGCGCCACGUUUCACAAGGUGAAAACUAUGUAUCUGGAAUGAAGAUAAAACUUGCAUUCCUAAUCCCUGAUCAGUUAUCGGGUGGAAUUGGGUGGGUGGGCGGGGAAGAGAAGAGAACUGUCUUUAUAGUUUUUGGGAAGUAGAUUUGGGUUACACACAAUCAUGGUCUCGCCACAGCCCAGGUAAACCUCUGCUGCUUCCUGUCCUGGUUUUCCUAGUAUUUACAGAUUGCUCUGGCAAUUGGAUCAGGCCACUGGAGCAUUGUCUGCUUUUUAGAUUUCUUUCAGCCCUUUGACAGGUUGGGGUGGAGGAAUAUUAAGUCAAACACUUAGCUGAAGACAUACAGGGGUGAAUGUGUGCGCCGUUCGACACACGUUCUCUCUCCUCCUCAACAGCUUUUUGCCUUCAUCCAGGUCUUGCCGCCCUUCCUGCAUCAGGGGCAAGAUGCCCUGUCAAAUCCAGUAAGAACGCCUCUCCCUACACGAUGUUAUCUCCUUCCUUCCUUCCUGCACCACUCUUGCCGGCAUCAGUCACUGCACACAGCCCAGUAAGCGCCCCAUGCAUUUCAGCGGGUCAUGUGCAGGAGAUGUGCCCAGCAUAUUGUUCCCAUUGCUCCUAGGUAGAAAAUUUGAGUGGGAGUGAUGGUGGAGAGGGAAGCUCUAUGGGCUUAGGUCUUACCCCAACCUUAUCACUGUGUGGCCAGUUUAGGAAGAAAUACAGUUCCGGCACUCAAGCCAGACCUGAAAAACUGAAGACGCUGCUUCUGCAGUUUAGUAGCUCUCUGGAGCACUUGGGACUACAGGUGUGUCUCACGGGACCAGCAAACGGCAAUAAAUCAAUCCAUAGGCACAUUAAUUAUUUCCCCCCAGACCCUAUCAAUCUGUGAAGCAGUAUACAAACACGCAAGCCAGAUGUUAUAUAUACAGUGCAAUAGGUUUUGAGAUGAUGUGAAUGGACUCUUAAUAGUGCUUGCUGUUGGCCAUACUUAAUAAUAAGUUUAUUUGGUUGAGGUGGGGCAAAUCAACCAAACCUUCUGUACUUCUCAACUGGAGCUGUCCAACAAUUUGUUUUUUUUUCCAGUGGAGCAAGUUCGACUCCAGAUGAGGUAGUUUGCCACUGGGGCAUGUGUUUCCAACUGCACUAACGUACAAGCAGAUUUUGUGGUCUGCUUGAGAUUCCCGACGAUAUGCAUUUAUUAUUAUUAUUAUUAUUUUUUGGAGUUCAGAUGUGUCUGGCUCUCGCUUUCUACAUUGUAUACCGAUGUCUGGGCUCGGUUGUGAGCUCACAAAUAAAUAUAUAUAUAAAUAUAAAUAAAUAUAUAUAUAUAUGUAUAGCAGAAUAAAAGUUUAAUUUACUUCA